AUGGAGUCGUUUUUGCCACUGGGUGGCUUUCAGCUGCCCUUUCAGAAACGCCUGAGCAGACUGUACAACGAUACGAAGAAAUCAACCGACUUUGUCAAAGAGCCAAUUCAAAAUGAAGAAGAUCCAGAAAUCAAGGCUCUACAUCGCAAACUACGCAUUCAAAAGGAUCGAUUGGUCAGUUGGGGUCUCGAAUGGUCUGAUCCCACUCAAUCUGUUGAGAUCGAUGAGUCUCUAUCAAAAGCUGGUUUGAGUGAAGUUGUUGGCAGUAUCAUGUCCACCAUCAAGGAUAUUCUAGCAGAAGCCGAACCUCUUUGGCUAAGCUCAAAGCGCAUGAUUUCAGCACCUGCUACGUCAAAAGAUACGAAGCCGCCGCUGGUUCAAUGGGAUAAGAAUCAUUUUGAAGAUUUGGUUAAUGAUCUCACUGCCUCGAUUGAUACACUCUACGAUCUCUCAAGAACACGAGCAGCUGGUGGAAUUCCAAGAAGAUCAUCGAAAACACCGUUCAAGUCCAUGUCAUCUACCGAGGAGUAUCGGCCAUUCGAGUCCAGUCGCAUGCAAACGCCUCAGCAAAUUAAUCCUCAGACUUUGACGCAUCUACGACCCAAGCAGGGCGAUGAGGCUUCAGCUCCUCGAGAAGUUGUCUUUAUGAGCAAGACAGCCUAUUCUGAACUCACACAUGGAACUACACGACAACCAUGGGCACCACUGCUUCUCGAGUAUGCGACCUUCGACUCAAUUUACGCCGUAACAGGUAUUAUGCCUCCCAUGGCUCGCUUUGAGAAACUAUCCGCAGGUCUGCAGCAAGAUUCUCAACGGUCGCCGGGCACAUGGACUGGACUACCUCGACUUCUCGGGUAUUUCGAAGAUUUGGAAAACUCUAGACUCGGACUUGUCUAUCGAUUUCCUCCCUCAUUCAACGCCGUCUCAUUCGAGCGUCUCACUAAGAACCCUUCUUAUAACCUCCCGACACUGAAUGAUCUUCUCUCUGUUCCAGGAUCAGAACCCAAGCUCGAAGCCAAGUUCAGACUCGCUCACAAUCUGAUGAACACUGUUUUCGACCUACAUGCGCGUGGCAUCACCCAUGGAAAUAUUGCCCCGACCACUGUCUCAUUCUGCGAUGCAGUCACGUCGCAACCGGGUGCGACGAAUGGCGAGGUGGAUAUUCGACGUCCUCUCCUUUCUUCUUUUGACCUCUUUCCUGAAGAUACCCCUUCGACAUCACCACUUCUGUCCCGUCAUCCGCUCGACCCACGCAAUGCUCAAACUUCACCUCUUGUCAACAAUCCUGACCAGAGAGUUCUCGAUCUGUAUUCCUUGGCCACUUUGUUACUCUCAGUUGGUUUGUGGAAGAAACUUGAGGAUAUUGUCCCUGAUGCAUCUCCUUCCAUCCCCGAGUCGGCCUUAGAAGAGCUUGCUGUCAGAUGCGGCAGUUUAUAUAUGAAGGCCGUUCAGGUUUGCUGGACGGCAGUCGAUGACGAGCUUGCCGGACGAUCUUCUGGUGAAUCAUUGCUGUCAUCGGUGCAAGUUCGCUGCAGCCGCUUCUUGGAGGCCUGCUGUAUCUUGGACGGUGUUAGUGGUUUGGAGGAGAGGCUCGACCAAGAACUUCACCCGUCUGAGACGCCAACCCCUGCCGUUGAUGCAGCCCCUAUGAAGAUAAACAAGGAUGUAAAGGAUGCCAAAGAUUUCAAGCCAUCACUAAAAGCUGCAAGCGAGAAGCCAAUUUCAGCAUCAGCGCCAAACCUGGGAACAGAAAAGAGUGCCCCCAAGUUUGAGGCAGUCGCGGAUCAAGAUGAUACUCUCGACAAGCAGUCAGAAACAAAGAUGCGUCUUUAUCCCCAUGUGCCUCUGGCGCCAGAAGUCGUGGAGAAGUGGAACAAAUCCCUCAUGCCCCAGAUCAACCACGCUCUUCGUCACUUUUACCGCAAGCACCCCGAGUCGGUUGAGAUCUCUCUUGAGUCAGUAGGCCCAAGUCCUCAGAAGACUCAACCCACAGUGCUUGUUGUGUGCACAUCCGUUGGGAAAGUCCGGGCUAUUCUUAGGAAGAGGCUCGGUGACCUUUUUGAUGGAGGUAACGGCUUCGGACUCAAAGUCUGUCGGGGGCAUGUUUUAAGAUCUCGCCGACAGCCAAACUCAGUCCUCAGAUCCAUGGCCCGAAGGAGUGCCAAGGGUACUGGAUUAGAAUCGGACGACAUUGAGGCCAUCAACCCAGAGUACCAAGAGCGCCCAGGCAAUGGUGCCAGCAUCGGAGCAUGGAUUGGUGAUCGACAUCUGCCGCCUGUUAGCCUCGGAGGCCUCGUCAUGGUUGACGACAAGCCUUACGGAAUGACAGUCCACCACAUGCUCGAUGAUCCAGACCGUGACUUUGGGCCUAGUGACACUCUGAGGUGCAGUGCCCUGCCUGAUAUGGACUGGUACGCGCAAUCUGGUGAUGACAGCACUGUCGAUGAUGAGUUUGGCUAUGGGCUCUCUGAUACCGAAUCCGAGGCCUACUCGGAUUCCGAUAUCACUAGUGACUACGAGGACGACGAAGAUGAUGAGGAAGACGAGGAGUAUAAUGAGCCUGGAGAUAUUCCUGGAGUUGAACCAGGAUGUGGCGAUGGCUAUAUCGUCACACAACCAGCUCUCGAUGAUGUGGAAGAGGGCUUCUACCCUGAUCCAGAGACUCAAGACGAUGAUCACUUAGACACAUACAGUGUCGGGGAGGUGUAUGCUUCAAGUGGCAUCCGCAGGAAGCAGGCCCUCGGGCUCGUGCAUGAGGUUGACUGGGCUCUCUUCGAAUUCGCUCACGAUAGAUUGCCUGAUGACAACACCAUUCCUCGCAUUGAUGGCAAGUCGCCUGCUCAAAAGCCUGAUGGAAAGCAGACAGCUGGGUUGCCCAUGCUGCGACCGACAACUGUUGCCCCUUCAGACUCCUUGCCAAACAUGGAGGUCCAGUGCAUGGCUCGAACAAGUGGCUUGCAGACUGGCAAGAUUCUCCCAGCUCUCACCAGUGUGAAGAUCUACGGUCGAGUUUCGCCCAGCCAUGCCUAUCAAGUCACAAGCGCCGACGCACCAGAACAAGGAACACAGACCAAGGAUGUCCCUCUCGGUAUCCCUGGUGACAGCGGCGCUUGGAUCGUCAGCCGUGACGAGGGCCAACUUUGCGGACAUGUUCUUGCAUGGAGUCAACGCAAGCGUAUUGCGUACAUUUGCCCCAUGGAUGUCCUCCUCUGGGAUAUUGCAGAGACUUUGGAAGCUCACGAAGUCAAACUUCCUGGAGGACAGGCCGUGGUGACUCUCAACAGAUCAGAGACUCGUGCUGCCUCCAAGAAGCAACAGGUUUCCGAGCCUGAGCUUCCUGAUGAAGAUGAUCUAUCGGACCUAGUAGAGGAGGAAGAUGAUUUGCCCCCUCAACUAGUGAUGUCCCCCGAUCCGGUCAGAGACACCCCCAGCAUGACAAAGUCACCCGUCUCGAACUUCAGCGGCGUCAGCGAUCGGAGCUCAUCAAGCCCGAUCCGCCUGGACACAUCAAGUGACCUGAGUGGUAUCUCGAACCGAUUUGAAGAAAUGAGUAUGAGUGGUAGUUUUGGGAUAGGCGUUAGCGGUUGA